AUAACAAUAUAAAACACCAGUUGUGCGUGCUAGGCUCACAAGCAAGUUACAAAUUCCUUGUGAUGUGUGUACCAUCAUUUGUGACGUGCUUUUAAUUUGUAGUCACUUUUACACUGACUAUUGCUUUUAUGUAAAGUAUCACGGAGAGGGUUGGUUUAAACUCAAGCCGCAAAUUACAUCCAAUACACUGUAUUGAUCUGAUAGUUAAUUCUAUAUGCACAGUGCCAUCCUCCAAUUAAUGAUUUAUUCUCACUGACGUGUGUGUGUACGACCAGACCGCACAGAUAAAUAGUUUACACAGUGAGGUGUAUCCACGGGAACCAUGCAUCCCCGGCACACAUCAGAAAAAGAGAGAUACUGAACGAGGGAGGGACGGAGAGAGAGGGGGAGAGUAUGUGAGUGAUACUGAGAAGAGGAGUGAGCCUAUAACUCACACUCUCACACACACAGACAGAUGGAGGGAUCUAUGUAGCAGCAGCAGAGGCAGCAGCAGUGUGGUGUGGGACAGAGGGGAUUGUUGUUGCUUGGCUGAGCUGGGACCUGUCCUGUCUGAUGGAGAGCAGAAGGAUGCAGCAUAGUGAGCCUAUUCUUAAGUAUGUGGCGUUGAGGUGAAAGAAGUGUUCGUUGGGAAUCAUGUGACUUCAAAGAGAAUAUUACACUACAGGGACUCCAUCAUGGCUGCUGUGAUGUGGACCUCUCUCCUCCUCUCCCUUGCUCCUCUCCUCCAUCUUCAAGCCUUUACCUUGGCCCCAGAGGGCACCACAAAGGCACCAUCACACCCACAUACAGACAGACAGAUCGAUGACCCAGUACUGGCCUCACACAGCACUGUAUGGCCCUCCUGGGCUCCUGUAGUCCCCACCGCUGGAGCCAGAAUGGCCGACUCUCUGGACUCGUUAACAGGGCUGAAAGACUCCACAUUGGCACCCGAGGAAACUGAGAAAAAGGACAACAAAGACGAGUUUCAGGGAACUAUCAGUGACUACACAGAGACCCAAGGCUUUAAUCCACUCACUAGACCUACAUCACCAGCCCCAGUGAAUGCACAGCUAGGGUCUACAACUUACUCGGACCAGGACCAACCCAGAGCCCAGGCCACAAACAGAGAGUUGUUAGCUCUGGACUUCUCAGCCACUCAACAGAGAGACAUACUGGAGGGAGAUAUCAUGGUGGAAGGGAUUGGAGACGAGUUACAGGACUUCACAGAGGAAACAGGAACAGACAUAAGUGUGUUUCCAGAGGAGGGGUGGCCAAAGUCGGCCACCAAUGAGUCGGCUCUCGUCGACUGCAGCCUUGACACCAGAACCACACCCUGCAACACAACUGAUCAAUCCUGGAGCCCCUUUUACCCCGAUGACAUCAUCUCCAAUCAAUCCCAGCGCCCCUUUCUGUCUCUAACCCCUCCUCUCUUUGUACCUCUGUAUUCUGAUUGGAACUCAGCUCUGGCCACCUGGGGCUUUGCCUGGGAGGCCCACAUCUACGGUCUGGGAUCUGUGUUCACUGCAUUAGGUCUGAUAUCUGUUCUCUGCCUGUUAGGUUUGCCCCUGCGCUGCCCCCCAGGAAGCCCCUACUUUACCCUGCUGCACCUGUUCCUCCUGGCCACCGGAGGCACUAGAGCAUUCUCUCUCCUGUAUGAUGCUUAUAGUCAUCAGGACCACCUGCCUGCUCUGGGCUUUCUCCUCCUCUCUGAACUACCCUUCCCCUGCCUCACCUCUGCCUUCUCCGUCUGCUUCCUCCUUCUCUCCCUCCGCUCUCGCAUGCACCUUUCCCUUCAUUUUUCCCUCUCUCUCUCCCUCCCUCUCUCCACCCUGCACAGGCCUUGUCUCUUGUUCUUCCUCUCCCUGAUGCACUUCGGGGCCUUCCUGGGCUCCAUAGCUCUAUUCCAUGUCUUCCCCAGCCUCCCUGUCCUCCUCCUGCUCCCCCAGGGAAUGUUCAUCCUCCUCUGCCUCCUCCUCCCCUGCUCCUUCCUCCUAUUCUACUGCCAUGUGCGACAAGACGCCAAACACAUCCAACGGCUGAGUGACAGCGAGGGAGAGGUAACAGGUUCCCCAGUUCUGGUGGGGCGGCUGUCCCGGUGCCCAUUCGCUGAGGCUGAGGAGUGGAGAAGGGCAGCAAGGGCUGGAGUGGGAGGGGCUCUGUGCCUGUUAGGGUGUGGGGGGCUUCAGCUGUAUGGGAUGUUACAUGCAUUAGGGCUCGGAGGGGUGAGUGCUGGGGCAGGGUUCCAGCCCUGGCCUUGGUGGGCAUACCACCUGGGCUGCAGGCUCUGUGAGGUGGGGGUGUGUCUGUCCCUGUCAAUCAUCGGCACUCAGCCCCUCCUCUUCUGUUGCUCCAACUCUAACUCCUCCUCCCGGACUAAACUCAACACCAACACCUGUCAGGGGUCCUGGGCGCGGCUGCCCUGUGCCUCACCGGCAGGAGGGCCUAGCCACCCACUUCCCCUCUCUCCCAUCCUCCCCCCUCACUACCCCUGGUCCCUUGGGCAGAAAGAGAAGCAGGUGGUGUGUGAUGUCAUCAGGAAGCGCCAGUCCGAAGCCCUCCCCCUCUACACAAUAAUGGAACCCUCUUCAAAUGGACUGAACCUGCAUCCUAACCCUAACCCCCACCCUGGCCAGACCAAAACCUCCAGACACCCCAACCUCCCUGAUCCUCCAAGCCCACCAGGGAGACUUCAAGCUGGGGUUGAGUCCCAGGGCUCCUCCCAGGGUAGUCUAUGUCUGGACACUGACUCCACAGUGGACCUGCACCCCCCCUCUCCCAUUGACCUGUCCCGCAGCAUAGACCAGGCCCUGUACAGCGAGACCCUGUUCCCUCACAGCCUUUUCAGCCCCUCCAGGCUGUUCCACGCCUCUUCCAGCCUCUCCUUGAACUCCCCUGGCUCCCACCACAGCCAGAGUGCCUCAUGGCCUGGAAACAGCUCAGCUGACAGUCCCCUCUACCGGACCUCUUCCUGUGGAGAUGUGGAUAUGUCUCCUACACGGCCUCCCCAGCCGGGAUGCAUUCUCCCAGGCCACAGCGAUCCCUGCUGUCCGCCUGAGUGCUGGUGGAGAGGUAGUAACUCCAGCUAUCUGUGCCAGGAGUCCCUGAGUGGGUCUUCCCAGGGUCUGUUCUCCAGCUCAGGGACAGGAGGGGCAUGGUCACACCCCCACACCACCAGAGGGCAGCCUUCCCAGAGCAGCCUGCCCAGGACACUCCCCCACGUUACCUAUCACAGACGUUACCGCACCCUCAGCUCGGCCUCUCAGGACAGUCGGGGGGAGGGGCGGCUGGAGGGCAGAGAGGACCUGAGUGAAAGCAGGUUGCUAGAACGGGAUACGGCCGUACAAGCGGAAUUCGUCAACGUGUGCCGACAGAUUGAUGCUCUUAGCGUGUGCAGUGACACUAUUGACCUGUAGGCAGAUGCUACAGGGUUUGAACCAUGCAUCAUCUAUGUGCCACAAGGACGUAAGGAUAUGACAUGUAUAAUGCACAGAGAUUAUAUAUUGACCUCUAGUGAGAGCUGAGGACUUAACUGAUACGCUGCACUUAGUGUUUGAGUGAUGUUAGCAUUCAGAUCAAGCAGCUUUUUCACUGCUACAACAGAAGUGUACAGAGGUAGAACUAACUAUCAGUUGCCGUUUUAUGGGGAUUCUACACAUAGAAAAUAGACUUAUAGAUAGUUAUGUUUGAUUAGUUAUAAGCUGUAUAUAACUGUACAGUUAGUUCCAAAAUGUGCUAAAUGAACAAUGGACUUACUGAAACAACCAAAGUAGAACUGAUUUGAAGAACUUUGAAUAUGAAAUGUCAGUGUAGUGUUGAUGAUAACCAUGCCAAUAUGCAAGAUCACGUUAUGCUUUAGUGCCAUCUACUGGGGGAGAGAGAACAUAAAGUGUAACUCAUACAUUAUAGCUGUUUUUUAAUAAACAGUUUAUAAAGAAUUUAUAAAGCGUGUCCUACCACCAAGCAAUACAACCGUACCUGUUUAUGUCACAACAGCAGUAUAAACUAGGAGUUAUACUAGUGUUCAAGUGUCAAAUGCAGCAAUGGAACCCGAUACCAAAGCAAAGAUCUCACUCAACGUUUUUAAUUUCAUUGAAAAACGGCUCAACUUCGGAUAUUUCAAACCCUUUCUCUACAAUGUGUAACGCGGUGUCGUACGGUGUAUAUAUCAUUAAAGACUGUGUAAAAUAUACAGAGUAUACUAAACGUAAGGACACCUGCUCUUUCCAUGACAGACUGACCAGGUGAAUCCAAGUUAAAGUUAUGAUCCCUUAUUGAUGUCAUUUGUUAAAUCCACUUCAAUCAGUGUUAAUGAAUGGGAGGAGACAGGUUAAAGAAGGAUUUUUAAGCCUUGAGAAAAUUGAGACAUGGAUAUGUGCCAGAGGGUGAAUGGCAAAAUAUUUAAGUACCUUUGAACUGGGUACUGUAGUAGGUGCCAGGCGCACCAGUUUGUGUCAAGAACUCUAACCCUGUUGGGUUUUUCAUGCUCAACAGUUUCCUGUGUGUGUCAAGAACGUUCCAUCACCCUGUGGAACGCUUUCAACACCUUUUAGAGUCCAUGCCCUGACAAAUUAAGGAAUUUCUGAGGGCAAAAGUGGAGGGUGUAACUCAAUAUUAGGAAGGUGUUCCUAAUGUUUGGUAUACUCAGUAAAUGUUUUAUUGUAAAUACAAUGUACAUGGAAAAGAGUUCUACUGGUAUGUCAUGCAUCGUAGACGAGGUAUGAUAAACAAAUUGGGUUUAUGAUGUUUGAAAAAAUUAUUCUUUCUAGUAAUACAAACACACAGUUGAGGACAAAUAUAUUGGCACCCUUGCACUUUUCUUAAAUAUUUCCCUAUUUCUUCUAAAAUAAGAAUAACUUGAA